AUGAAAGCCAAGUACGACCCUGAGAUGUCGACGCAGAUUCUAGAAUGGAUCGCCGAGGUGACGGGCGAGUCGAUUAACACCGACGGCUCCGAGGAGAACUUCUACGAGGUGCUGCGCACCGGGGCACUUUUGUGCAAACUGCUGAACACCAUCAGCGAAGGCGCCGUGAAGAAGUACAACCCAAACACGACGAUGGCUUUUAAGUGCAUGGACAACAUCAACUCGUUCCUCCUUGGUCUGGACGCCAUCGGCGUUCCCGUGGAAGACCGCUUUCAGACGGUCGAUCUAUGGGAACAGGUUAAUCUGCACUCGGUCCAGAUUUGCCUGCAGGCAAUGGGCCGCAAGGCGCCCAAGUUUGGCGUCAAGGGCUUCGGACCAAAGGAGGCAAAUGAAAACCGGCGCACUUUCACCGAGGAGCAGCUGAAGCAGGGCGAGACGAUCAUCAACCUGCAGAUGGGCUCCAACAAGGGCGCCAGCCAGAGUGGCAUGACCUUUGGCAAGA